AGGGAGCACGCUCUACCCUCAGAGGGGCGGAGCUUGCGGGAAGCACGCAUGCGCCCGGAGGCAAGCGGUGGCACCAGCCUGGGCGAAGGGCAAGACGGUGGCCGAGAGGGUUCCGGGAGACGGACGGUGGCCGAGAAGGUCCGGCAUGGAGCACCUGGAGCGCUGCGCGUGGUUUCUCCGAGGGAUGCUGGUGAGGGCGGCGGUGCGGCGCUACCUGCCCUGGGCGCUGGUGGCCGCCAUGCUGGCGGGCUCGGUCCUCAAGGAGCUGUCACCGCUGCCCGAGUGCUACCUCAGCAACAAGCGCAACGUCCUCAACGUGUACUUUGUUAAAGUGGCCUGGGCCUGGACAGUCUGUCUCCUUCUGCCUUUCAUUGCCCUCACCAACUACCACCUGACGGGCAAGGCCGGCCUGGUCGUGCGGCGGCUGAGCACCCUGCUGGUGGGCACAGCCAUCUGGUAUGUCUGCACGGCGCUCUUCUCCAACAUCGAGCACUACACAGGCAGCUGCUACCAGUCCCCAGCCCUGGAGGGCGUCAGACAGGAGCAUCAGAGCAAGCAGCAGUGCCACUUGGAAGGGGGCUUCUGGCACGGCUUUGACAUCUCAGGCCACUCCUUCCUGCUGACUUUCUGUGCCCUCAUGAUUGUGGAGGAGAUGGCCGUGCUGGAUGAGGUGAAGACAGAUCGCGGCCACUACCUCCACACUGCCAUCACCACUCUGGUUGUCGCCCUGGGCUUUCUGACCUUCAUCUGGGUCUGGAUGUUUUUGUGCACAGCCGUUUAUUUCCACAACUUGACCCAGAAGGUGUUCGGCACCUUUUUUGGUUUGCUGGGCUGGUAUGGGACAUAUGGGUACUGGUACCUGAAGUCCUUCUCCCCAGGCCUUCCUCCCCAGAGCUCUGGUUUGACUCUGAAACAAGAUACAUACAAGAAAUAAAAGAGAAACAAGUGGGGACAGGGGGACAGCGGCUGGUAGAUCCUCCAUCUGCUCUGUCCAGUGACUGGCUGGGUCCCACUUGGGAGAGGAUGCUCGCCAGGCACUUUUGUGGUGGGUGGAGUCUGGGGACCACGCUCAGUCCUCAGACUCUGCUGGUGAUGCCACCCGUGUAGCCAGCACCACUACUCCUGUCAGACACUUCUCAUCUCUGGCAAGAUGUGACUUUAAUCUGUUCCCAGAGGGAGAGCCAAGGCUCGGCAGAGGGACAAUAGACAGCCUCAAGGUAUGGGGCAAGGGGAAACCAGAGCAACAGGACUCACUCUGCUGUGAUCUCCCUGGCUCUGGUUCUCUUGAGUUUAGUGAGUACAUUAAUGCUGUCCUUUUAACAGUGUUUCCCCGCGGCCGAUCCUAAGAUGAGCAUUUGUCUCUGGCAGGUUCUUUAUUAAACACCCCGAUGCCUAAAACACACUCUCUGGCUGUAGCAUCCACCUCCUCUUUGGAACAUUGACAGUUGUACCUGGCUAUGACCAGUUCCCAACAGGGGGCCACAACCCUGCAGUGCCUGGAUGAUUUAUAUGUAGUGAACAAUGGUAAGAGUUUUCUGUCUGCACUGUCUAUUGUUACGUGUUGGUUUUUGGAGCAGUAACAGAGAACCCUAUUUCCCCCUCUUCUCCCCUGAGUGUGUGCUGUGUGGUUUGUAAUUGUCACUGUGACAUUUGUGCUUUGUUGACAAAGCCCCAGUACCGCACUUUGGCGUGCAAAAAUUGUUUUGAGGGUUUUGUUUUUGUUUUUUAGAACACUAACUUUUUAUAAGCUAAACUCCUGACUUAUUGCAUUAAAUUCCACCUCAUAGUAUUGUUCCCUCUGUUAAGAAUAAAACUGGAGCCAGGGAGCAUGGUGCUGCACGCCUUUAACCCCAGCACUGAGAAGACAGAGGCAGGCAGAGCUCUGUGAGUGUUAGGCCAGCCUGCUCUAUAUAUCGAGCUCCAGACCAGCCAGGGCUGCAGAGUGAGAUCCUGUCUCAAAGAAACAAAACAAAACAAAACAAAACAAAGACAAGAAUAAAACUGGAAAGCAGGCAUUUCAUUAUUUAAUAAAUUUUGAGCCGACAAAAUAAUUCUGUAAAGUGCUUGUUGGUACUGAGGCUGUUCUGCCCCUCUGUUGGCCCGGUGGUAGACACAGAGUAGGAUUCAGGGUCAUAGGAUCAUAGCACAAAUACCACAGACAAGGAACUUUUACCUUUGGAGAAGGUUAUGAUAAUUCAGAAGCAAAAUGAAUGUCUCCCAGCCAUAUUAUACCGCCGCCAUGCAAACUUGUCCGUAUUACAUAGUGGCAUGACUUUGACCCUGCCUCCUUUUCCUCGUCCCAGCAACAGAACAAGCUCUGGCAUUCUCUGUGCCGCACUUCCCAGCUCCCAGCCAUGUCUUUAUGUGGCCUUCACUGAGACUGGCUAGGGUUAGAAGUCUUGUCACCCAUGUCCCACAUGGAAGCUUCCAGUCAGUGAGGGCCUCCCUCUCCUCUCCCAGGCGAGCUCUUAAGCCUGUCACACUGAGUCCCCCGCCCCAUCUUUUGGAUGCUCACCCUUGUCGAUGCUUUGACACCACUUCCCCAGCAGAGCUGGGUAAUGGUAAGCUUUGGCCUGCCUGUCCUGACUCCAGCUCAGGUUGUUAGGUGCUUAGUAAGUUAAGAGUAAUUCCUUUCUUUCUUUUAAUUAAUUUAUUUUUUUAUUUAAUUAAAAAACUUAAUUUUUGAGUCAGGGUCUCAGUUUCCAGCCCUGGCUGUCCUGGAGCUUACUGUGUGGAUCAGGCCGUUCCCAGACUCACAGAGAUCUGCCUGCCUCUGUCUCCUUAGUGCUGAGGUCAAAGAUGUGCUAAUAUUAAAGCCACCACAUCUGGCUAUGAAAUAAUUUUUGUAAUAUAAGAACAUAUUUAAAAAUGCGUAUCUGAUAACCUGUUGAGCUACAGGUCAACUUGGCCAGAGACAGUGUUAGAUGUGAGAGGUAAGGCACGCAGUGAGGGGUCACUGCGGGGGCGGUGAUGAGUUGCCAGUGAACUAAAAGCCGUUUCACCUUCUGGGGGUUUCCACCCAUCUCCCCAGGAUAGGAGUGGGCCUGGGGGAGAUGGCAGAGCUGGCCACCAGAUAGUCUGUCAGGCUUCAUGUCACGACAGAGGGGAGCAGCCAUGGGGUGCACCCAGAAGUCCAUUGUCACAUUAAGGCCCCAGGCACCCAGAAGUUCAUUUUCCCAGACAUUUCCCACCCCCCCCCCCCACAUACACACAGGGUCUGACCAGGUUUAACUUUAAACUGACUCCAUGUGGGAACUCCAAGUUGCUCAGUGUUCUCUACAAAUUAGAUGGAUAAGCUUACAUGUGCUUUUUUCUUGGUACUCCCUGACUUUCUUCUCUCAGUCCCAGGGAUGGGAGCCCAGGGUUCUGUGCAUACUGGGCAAGCCACCUAUGCCCGAGCUACACCCUGAGUUCUUCAGAACCCUUGCCUUCUCAGGAGCAUGCCUUCCCUCCUGUGCGAGGAAGCUUGGCAUGGGUGAGUGUUUGGGCUUGCGCAACCAUGAGGUGUAGGUUUGAAUGUUGGCACCACUCUCAACCUACCUGACCGGUGUGCAAGCCUUGCUGACCUGUCUGUAAAGCGGAGACAGUUCUUUUAACACUAUGGGAGGUAGCAUGUAAGGUGCUGAGCAUGUGUGCUAAUCAGCUGUCAUCUUCAAGUCUUUCUCUUGACAGCAUUUAGAAUGGUCCAGCUCUUCUAGAGAGAGCAGAGAAAGUAACAUCUCUUGGGGAACACUCAGAGCUCGAGUCUCACAUUGAAAUAGUCUCAUGUCAUCUUUUACACUGUCUGUUACCCCUAGGUGUUAAACAUGAGGCGUUGGGGCUAUCUGACCAGAGUCGUGCCAUGCUGUCUUGCUUCCAUGUGUGGUUUGCUCGCUCACUUCCAUGUGCAUCUGUCAUUGUCUGGGUACCAGAUUGUAUUUAGAGAAUGGCUCAUGCCAUUGUUAUAUACACACAGAGCCCAUGUGUAAACAAGCAAAAUAAAGUACACUGGAGAUGAUGGAAUCUCACAUAAUGGA